AGAAAGCGGCUCUAAUAUCACCGGAGGACAAGGUGCAGAGGAGUGACAUUUUGUCCAGUAGUCAGGGCAUGGUGGAGAAAGAGGCUCUGGGGCCGCUGCUGCUCGAGGUGAGUGAAACAAUAAAGCUUGGUGGAAUUUUUAUUUCAGUGACAGACACAGGAAGUACCCACUUACGCAUUGAUUGGAUCAUUUAGUCAUGCUGCUUUCUAAGCACAGGUACUCUUUCAUGAAAAAAAAUCAUAUUUUUGGUUGCUCAUUAGUAAAUGAAUGGAUAGUAAUUAGAGUGCAUCUGCUCACAGUAGAUUUACAACUGCAAUUUAGUUAUAAUCUCUCUGUCUUCAGUAUUUUCUCUGUAUUGUCCAGAGUGAUUCAGUGACUCUGUAUGGUUCCCAGGACUUAGUUUCCCAGUGAGGCCCAGUGUCAUUAUGCUUUCCACGUUAGUUCCUGGCACACUUUCCCCCUGGCUGAGGCUGGGGCUGUGAGAGUGGUAGAGAAAGGCUGAAGUCCCCCUGCUCUCUUUGUGAUUCCCCCUUCCUCCGGAGGUGUCCGUUUCACCCCUCUUUUGUCCCUCCCUCUGUUUCGGGCCAGGCCCUGGACGGCUUCUUCUUUGUGGUGAACCGCGAAGGCCGGAUCGUGUUUGUGUCAGAGAAUGUGACGGGUUACCUAGGUUACGCCCAGGAAGAGCUGAUGACCUCCAGCGUGUAUAGCAUCCUCCACGUGGGAGACCACAAUGAGUUCAUCCGCAACUUGCUGCCCAAGAGUCUCGGUGAGGAUGACAGGAGAGGAUGAGGGGAUGAGACGAGAGAGGAGGAAGGAAGGAGAGGAGGGCAAGAGAGAGGGGGGAGGGAUCAGACAGAGGAGAAGGAGAAAGGAAGAGAAGAGGAAGGACAAGGACAAGAGAAAGGAGAUGAGGAAGGAAAAGAGAUGAAGAAGAACAUGAUAGAGGGGAGAUGAGGAAAGACGGGUAAGAGAGAAAGCCGAAGAGGAUGGAGAGGAGGUAAGAGAGGAAUCUCUGCUGUAGGGACAGUAUCAUGCAGUAUGAGGCAGCCAGAUCAUGUGACAGCUAUAAGAGCAUAGUAACCAGGAGACAUAAGGGUCUGUGUCCCAUGAAGCCCCUAGUAAUUCCUCUCUAUAUAGGCCAGGCCAGACAGGAUGGGUUAAGGUCAGCAGAGAUAGACAGGUCAACUAGCUACUAUCUACCUGCCUGUCUUCAGCUUAAACUGUCACUACAUAGUGACCACGUUUACAUGCACACCAAUAUCCCGUUAUUAUUCGGGAUACUUAAGUAUUCUGUUUUUGAGUUUUUAUUUUUUAUUUUUAGUCAUUUUAGCAGACGCUCUUAUCCAGAGCGACUUACAGGAGCAAUUAGGGUUAAGUGCCUUGCUCAAGGGCACAUUGACAGAUUUUUCACCUAGUCGGCUCGGGGAUUAGAACCAGCGACCUUUCGGUUACUGGCACAACGCUCUUAACCACUAAGCUACCUGUCGCAUAUAAACAUCAUAUCCGGUUUACAAUACCCCAGUUAUGAGAAACCCGGAUAAGAUGCCUGGGAUGUGCUGAUCUAAGACGGGAUACUGUGGCAUGUAAAAACGUAUCCUGUUUACUGUUGUUUUUGUGGUCUGCGCAGGCUGAGUUUUGCAUAUCAUGGGUGUUGUGUGAUGGUGUUUUCAUCUGAUUGUCAAACAAAUAAAAAAGUUCAAUCCACCAUAAUAAUUCCAUAAUAAUUUAGCCUACUAUAAUUCAUUUAGUUUCUGCUUAUACUUUCCGACAUUUGGUAGGCCAUUUAUUUGUCAACUAUAGUUAGAUACAUGCAGCUUCUCUUCUGUCAUAACUUGUUGCCCCAGAAUACUAAAUAAAGUAGUGCUCACCAGAAUAAUGUCUUACAUUGAUAGAUGAAUGCAUUAGUAAUCUAGUUAACACCAGUAAAGUUGUCUGUUUUGUUUAGGGACCGGGAAGAAAACGCAAUAACUCCAAAACAGUGGAAAGAUUGGUCCUGUGCAAAUGUCAUCAGUUUGACCAGUUUUAAGGAAAUGAAAAGCUGAGAAAACGACGAAACACGUUUCUGAUAAGACUUCAGUUGUUCUUGGUUGCAUAUUUUAUGUGGUUAAAAUACUGUCUGCUUGCAUAACAGUGUCAAAGAUAACACAUUACACGCACAUUCGCAUUUUCUCAAGAGAUGCUGAAAAAACGAAAUCAUAUUUCUCCACUCCUGUUCCUGAGACAAAAUUAUAUAUUGUAUAAUUUCACUGCAAGAAAUGCAUAAUUCUGCAGGAGUUAAUAUUACUACGCAGCUACAUGAGAGAGGUUAUAGGCCUACAGUCAGUGUCCAUAUUUCAGUGACUAUUCCAUUUAACCCAUAGGAAUUUAAAUGAGGAAUAUUCUGUUUAUUCAUGGAUAGAGGGAUACUCAUGAGUGUGAUAUCAAAGGUGCGUGUAAACCGCUUAUCCCCAAUAAGACCUUAAGCAGGAGAUGAGCUCCUAUCUGGAAUACUGUGCACAUGUAAACGUGGUCACUCACUACUGUUCUCUGUCUCGCUUUUUCUCUCCCCCCUCCUCUCUUUGUCUGUAUUGUAUAUAUUUUGUAUCUCUCUCUACCCCAUAUAUAUCAUCCCUGUCUCUUUUCAAGCCAUUAUUAUUACAUCACACACACAUUGGUUUACCUGUCUUAUGUGUGAUGGUGUGUGUCCCCGUUCCUAAUGAUUUGUGUGUGUGUCUAUACCAUUACUGGUGGGUGGGUGUGUGUGUGUGUGUGUGUGUGUGUGUGUGUGUGUGUACAGUCAAUGGGGUGCCUUGGCCCCAGGAGCAGGGCCGGAGGAACAGUCACACGUUUAACUGCCGGAUGCUGAAGAGGCCUCCUGACGAGGUGGACUCAGAGAACCAGGAGGCACGCCAGCAGUACGACAUCAUGCAGUGUUUCACUGUCUCCCAGCCCAAAGCCAUGCAAGAUGAGGGAGAUGGUGAGUACACACACACACACACACACACACAUAUACACAUAUGUAUACAUACACACACACACAGCCUACAUACACAGAUACAUGCCACUUAUGCACACAGACGUUUACAUACACACACUUGCCAUACACAUUGAAGAAGGUGCAGCAUCAACAUGAGAAUGCUGGUCUUUACCUUGUCCUCCUAGCUAGCCCUGAGCCAUAUUGGAGGGAUAGAGUUAGACACGGUGACGCCCUGCGUAUUACAGCAAACACACACUCACAGUCACACAACACACACACACCUGUCAGAGUCUUAACUCUGACCUCUCCUGACCUUUGAUUGGUGUUGUGCCCAGACCUGCAGAGCUGCCUGAUCUGCAUAGCCUGCCGGAUGCCCCGACCCCAGCAGCUCCCCGCUAUCAGCACUGAGUCCUUCAUCACCAAACAGGACCCCACAGGUAUUAACCCCUGACCUCUCACCUUUUACCUCUCAACUGCUGUUGGCACACAGACACUCCAUACACACACACACUCCAAUGUGUGGAUUAGAGAGCUUUCUUUUUGUGCCAGAAGAUGGACUAACUAGAGUGUUGCACAAUAAACAGGCUUGUUGGUAAAGAUACCUAAAGAGGAAAGGCAAGGACAGGGUUUCAGCUCUCACUACUACUGCCAUUUACAUCUGAGUGUCUCAAAACUCCAUUUAAAUGGUAUUUUGUAUCAUUGUGGAACUCUAACUCUGACCUAAUAAUGUACCCCCAUCUGGGUUUUAUCACCGAGCCUCAGUAUCUCUGGAUACUGAUGUGUUUGUUUGUUUCUGUGCGUCUGUGUAUCUCCAGGGAAAAUCAUCUCCAUAGAGACGAGUGCUCUGCGGGCGACGGGGCGACCAGGCUGGGAGGACCUGGUCAGGAAGUGCAUCUACGCAUUCUUCCAGCCGCAGGGCAAAGAACCCUCCCACGCCAAGAAGCUGCUCCACGAGGGUGGGAGAAGGGAGUGAGGGGGGGGGAGAAUGGGAGGAUGAGGAAGAGUAGGGGGGGAAGGAAGAGUAGGGGGGAGAGGAAGAGUAGGGGGAGAGGAGAGUAGAAGAGUAGGGGUCAGAAGAGUAGGGGGGUCAGAAGAGUAGGGGGUGGGGGGUCAGAAGAGUAGGGGGUUACGGUUAGUGGGGUAAGAAGAGUAGGGGGUUAGAGUAGGGGGGGAGUGAUGAGUAGGGGGGUGGCGGUAGGGGGUGGGUCGAAGAGUGGGGGGGGCCGGUCGUCAUCGUAGGGGGUCGUAGGAAGAGUAGGGGGGAGUGGAAAGGAGAGGGGAAAGAUAAACUUUCUGCACUUUUCUCAAUAAUGAAACUGUAACAACAAAGUACAGUGUGGUACCAUUGCAAAGACAUAUAUAUUUUUUCUCCUUAAAUGUGUGCCACAAUGAUAAGUAGGCCAAUUCUUGUUUGUGCAUGUGUGUGUUGACAGUGAUGACCCAUGGCACGGCUAUCAGUCCUCUUUACCAGUUCAACCUGAGCGAUGGGACCCCCCUCAGUGCUCAGACCCGCUGCAAGUUCUGCUGCCCCCCCAAAUCCGACGUUCAGCCCUUCAUCAUGGGCAUUCACACUAUUGACAGGUAACACACCCAACCGUGCACGCACGCAUGAACACACACACUGGCAAGUCAUGUGGAACAAGUAGAAUGUAUGACUUUAUUGCCAAUCAACGUUUUCAAGGGUAGGAAUUGAUAGGAAUGUGUUUUUGUGCCAAUGACGUAAACAAACAAUACUUUUUCCAGAAUAUUUCUCUAACCCAGCUGAUGUUGUGCUCUUGUCUUCCUUCUCUUGUAGGGAACACAACACUGCUAGCUCUCAGGAAAACACUAACUCCAGCCUUCUACUGACCCAUGGGAGCCCUGCUUCCUCCCAGCCCUCCCGCUCCCCUGCCCUCACCCCGGGCAUCGAGGCCAGCCAAGCCCCAGGCCCCACCUCGAGCCUCCAUCUCAACAAUGGAAACAGCUCCGGCACCACCGCCCCCACCACACCCACCAACCAGUCAGCAGGGUACCUGACGCCCAACCGGUUGUGUCCUCAGCAGGUCAACAGCCCCUCACCCCUGGGCAGCCCCCUCACAGCCAUCCCUACCUCAUUCAUGUCGCCCAAGCCCCCCAGGGGCAGUCCGGGGCUGGGCGGCAGCCCGCGCGUCCCAGGGAACCCCUUCUCCCCUUCCACCCCUGGCCUGAACACUCCGGCAGGGGCCCUAGGAGGUGGUGGUGGCGGGGGCGGUGGAAUCCUCAGCAGGCAGCACUCUGGUGGGGACGGUGGAGCAGGGACCCCCUUAGGUUUCUCCCUGCCUUCCCCUCUACCUCAGAGGAAGGCCAGCACCCCCACCAACUCCCCAACGCGCCCUCCCCCUGCCAAGCCCCCUGAGGGAAGAGGAGGAAGUGGGGGAGGAGAGUACCUGGGGGGUAACCCCAAACUCAACCAGCUCCUGGACAAUAGCAGAGUGGGGCCGCCUGGGGACCCCAACAACACUGCUCCCCACCCCAACACACCCACCUCCACCCCUCAGUGCCCGGCCUCCCACAGCACGCUGACGGAGCGCCACAAGAUCCUUCACCGCCUCCUGCAGGACAGCAGCCCAGCCGAGGGCGGCAAUGGCAAGGAGUCUGAGAUCAAGAAGGAGCCUCCUGCCAGCCCUGCCACCGCCAACCCCAACGGACCCCCCAUCACCCCCCAGGACCACCAGCUGCUGCGCUUCCUCCUGGACACGGAUGAGAAGGACCUGAGAGACCUGCCCCCUCCGGCCGCUCUCAGCCUGCAGACGGUCCGGGUCAAGACUGAGAAGAGGGCUAGCGGGGAUACCACGCCCUGUGCUGCAGCCUGUGCCAGCCCCAAGACCAAACCCAGCCCUGCAGACAGCAGGCUGUCCAGAGACCCGGUACUGUCUGCAACCCUACUCCUCCUCCUCAUACACAGUGCCAGUAGUAUCCAUAGUCGGCAAGGUCCCAGACGUGCAGAACUCUCAGACAGUUUAAGUUUGGGGUUAAGGUUAGGAAUAGGGUUAGGUUUUAGGGUUGGGGCCAGGGGUUAGAAUUAGGGACUUCCAGGAAAAUGUAGCUCUGGAUAUCCCUGUUGUUGUGGUCGUCACAGUGCCAGGAACGUGAGAGUGCCUUGCUGGCUGGCUGCCUGAGUGCAUGCUGCUGCUCCCUUCUAAAGGGAGCAUGUGAUUCGCUGCUGUAUUUGUUCUAUUUACGUUGAGCGCAUAGCAGUGGUGUGAAGUACUUAAGUAAAAAUACUUGAAAGUACUACUUAAAUAGUUUUUUUGGGUAUCUGUACUUUACUUUACUAUUUAUAGUUUUGACAACUUUUACUUUUACUUCACUACGUUUUCCCUGACACCCAAAAGUACUCAUUACAUUUUGAAUGCUUAGCAGGACAGGAAAAUGGUCUAAUUCAUACACUUAUCAAGAGAACAUCCUUGUCAUCCCUACUGCCUCUGAUCUGGCGGACUCACUAAACACAUGCUUCGUUUGUAAAUGAUGUCUGAGUGUUGGAGCAUGCCCCUCGGCUAGCUGUAAAUUAAACAAAACAAGAAAAUGGUGCCGUCUGGUCUGCUUAAUAUAAGGAAUUUUAAAUGAUUUAUACUUGUACUUUUGAUACUUUAAGUAUAAUUUAUCAAUUCCAUCUACUUUUGAUACUUAAGUAUAUUUAAAACCAAAUACUUUUAGACUUUUACUCAAGUAGGGUUUUACUGGGUGACUUUCACUUUUAUUUGAGUCAUUUUCUAUUAAGGUAUCUUUACUUUUACUCAAGUAUGACAAUUUGGUACUUUUUCCACCACUCGUGCAUAGUAACACUCCCUCACUGCCCUCUUAAAUCAGGAGCUAGUUGUGUUCAUUUGUGGCCCCUCUUGGACUUUGACUCUCCCCAGCACAGAGCUUCCAGCAGCAGCAAUUGAAGUUCUUUGACCUUUGCUUUCUCUCCCUGUCUUUCCCCCCCUCUCCGUCCCUUCCUUUCAUUCUUUGCCCCGCUCCCUCUCUCUCUUAGUUUCCCAGUGGACCUGCUGACCUGGACCCUCUCAGCCAGCUGCUGCCCACCCUCAGGGGCCCCGCUGGGGCCAAGCAGGGCAGCGAGGAGAAGGGUGGCCCCCUGGCCCUGUCGUCCCAUAGCCACCAGACCCAACCUCAACCUCGGCUCCAGUCACCUCCACAGCCUCGGCUUCAGUCCCCCUCCCAACCUCAACCCCAACUUCAGUCCCCUACUCAGGUCCAGCCUCAGAACCAUCUUCAGUCCCCUCUCCAGUCCCCUACCCAUCUCCAACCCCAGAACCAGCUUCAAUCCCCUACCCUAUUCCAGCCCAGCGAGGCCAACGUUCCCAGAGCCGUGAGCGUGAAGAGGGAGCCUCCCGGAACACCAAGCCAAGGUACAGCAGGGAUUAGGGGGGUCAAGGGUGAAGGGUCACCAUAGAGGGUCACCCCACUGUAUGCUGCCUAUCUUCAUUUUCCGCGUGGCCACCCAGGAAAGGACUGAUCCUGACCAUGUGUCUGUUUGUGUCUGUGCAGGGCUUACUGAUGGUUCCUCCAGCCUGCAGAACCAGUCACACUUUGAUUUCUGCAGCCCCACCACCCCCAGCCAGGGACAGGGACAAAGGGAGUCCUUCCAGACACCCAAAGACAGCAGCAGCCCCUUCACAGAGCCUGGACUCAUGAACUCAUUCAACUCCAACACCGGUAUGAACUAGAAUACGCUCAUAUCAAACAAUCCUCUAUCAAAUAUCUAUAGGGCAUUUCCUAAAAUAAUAGGAAAUUACAUAAUUAUUACAUAAUAAUAAUAUGGAAUCUAUGGGUUAGUUGUUUGUUUCAUGGGGGUUCAUUAAGAGUUGUGUGUUGUGCUGUCCUUCAGGGUUGUCUAAGAUGGAGACGGACUCUCAGCAGUUCCAGCCCCUGGCCCUGACUGACUCUCUGUCCUUUGAUGGAGGCAUGGGAAACCCUGUGCAAGCCUCUCUGGCCUCCCCUCAGGAGUGAGUAUAGUACUUAUAUGUAGACACACAGACGCAUACAUUCCUCAUUGCUCACAUUCCAAUUCACACGCACACAGAACCAAACCUUGCACAUCCUUACAUUGAAUGCACACACUCCCAUGUUCCUGACUCUCCCCCCUUUCCCCCUCUGUGUGCCGCAGGCAGUGUGUCCCGUGUCCACUGGAUGAGCUGCUGUGCCCCCCCACCACCCCAGAGGGUCGUAACGAUGAGAAGGCCCUCCUGGACCAGCUGGUGUCCUUCCUGAGUGGGACGGACGAGAGCGAGCUGGCAGAGCUGGACCGAGCCCUGGGCAUCGACAAGCUGGUGCAGGUGAGAUCACAGGAGGAGGAGAAUGAUAGUAGAUUGCGUUUGCCUUUUUCAAGUGUUAUCUAUAUAAGGAAGAGGACAGGCACUGUCAUACAACCUGAUUCUACUAAAUCAAAUCAAAUCAAAUUGUAUUUGUCACAUGCGCCGAAUACAACAGGUGUAGACCUUACAGUGAAAUGCUUACUUACAAGCCCUUAACCAACAAUGCAGUUUUAAGAAAAAUAAGUGUUAAGUAAAGAAUAGAUAAGUAAAAAAUAACAAAUAAGAAGAAAUAACAAAUGAUUAAAGAGCAGCAGUAAAAUAACAGUAGCGAGGCUGUAUACAGGGGGUACCGGUACAGAGUCAAUGGGCAGGGUACAGGUUAGUCCAGGUAAUUGAGGUAAUAUGUACAUUUAGCUAGAGUUAAAGUGACUAUGCAUAGAUAAUAAACAGAGUGGCAGCAGCGUAAAAGAGGGGUGGGGGGGUACAAUGCAAAUAGUCCGGAUAGCCAUUUGAUUAGCUGUUCAGGAGUCUUAUGGCUUGGGGGUAGAAGCUGUUAAGAAGCCUUUUGGACCUAGUCCUGCAUGGCAGGAAGCUUGGCCCCAGUGAUGUACUGGGCUGUACGCACUACACUCUGUAGUGCCUUGCGGUCGGAGGCCGAGCAGUUGCCAUACCAGGCAGUGAUGCAACCAGUCAGGAUGCUCUCGAUGGUGCAGCUGUAUAACUUUUUGAGGAUCUGAGGACCCAUGCCAAAUCUUUUCAGUCUCCUGAGGGGGAAUAGGCUUUGUCGUGCCCUCUUCACUACUGUCUUGGUGUGUUUGGACCAUGAUAGUUUGUUGGUGAUGUGGACACCAAGGAACUUGAAGCAAUCAACCUGCUCCACUACAGCCCCGUCGAUGAGAAUGGGGGCAUGCUCGGUCCUCCUUUUCCUGUAGUCCACAAUCAUCUCCUUUGUCUUGAUCACGUUGAGGGAGAGGUUGUUAUCCUGGCACCACACUGCCAGGUCUCUGACCACCUCCGUAUAGGCUGUCUCAUCGUUGUCGGUGAUCAGGCCUACCACUGUUGUGUCGUCGGCAAACUUAAUGAUGGUAUUGGAGUUGUGCCUGGCCAUGCAGUCAUGGGUGAACAGGGAGUACAGGAGUGGACUGAGCACGCACCCCUGAAGGGCCCCCGUGUUGAGGAUCAGUGUGGCAGAUGUGUUGUUACCUACCCUUACCACGUCCCAUCAGGAAGUCCAGGAUCCAGUUGCAGAGGGAGGUGUUUAGUCCCAGGGUCCUUAGCUUAGUGAUGAGCUUUGAGGGAACAAUGGUGUUGAACGCUGAGCUGUAGUCAAUGAAUAGCAUUCUCACGUAGGUGUUCCUUUUGUCCAGGUGGGAAAGGGCAGUGUGGAUUGUAAUAGAGAUUGCAUGAUCUGUGGAUCUGUUGGGGCGGUAUGCAAAUUGGAGUGGGUCUAGGGUUUCUGGGAUAAUGGUGUUGAUGCGAGCCAUGACCAGCCUUUCAAAGCACUUCAUGGCUACAGUCUGUAGUCAUUUAGGCAGGUUACCUUAGUGUUCUUGGGCACAGGGACUAUGGUAGUCUGCUUGAAACAUGUUGGUAUUACAGACUCUGUCAGGGACAGGUUGAAAAUAUCAGUGAAGACAUUUGCAAGUUGGUCAGCGCAUGCUCGGAGUACACGUUCUGGUAAUCCGGCUGGCCCUGCAGCCUUGUGAAUGUUGACCUGUUUAAAGGUCUUACUCACAAUGGCCAUGGAGAGCGUGAUCACACAGUCGUCCGGAACAGCUGAUGCUCUCAUGCAUGCUUCAGUGCUGCUUGCCUCGAAGCGAGCAUAGAAGUAAUUUAGCUCGUCUGGUAGGCUCGUGUCACUGGGCAGCUCGCGGCUGUGCUUCCCUUUGUAGUCUGUAAUAGUUUGCAAACCCUGCCACAUCCGACGAGCGUCGGAGCCGGUAUAGUACGAUUCAAUCUUAGUCCUGUAUUGACGCUUUGCCUGUUUGAUGGGUCGUCGGAGGGCAUAGCGGGAUUUCUUAUUAGCGUCCGGGUUAGAGUCCCGCUCCUUGAAAGCGGCAGCUCUACCCUUUAGCUCAGUGCAGAUGUUGCCUGUAAUCCAUGGCUUCUGGUUGGGGUAUGUACGUACUGUCACUGUGGGGACGACAUCAUCGAUGUACUUAUUGAUGAAGCCAGUGACUGAUGUGGUGUACUCCUCAAUGCCAUCGGAAGAAUCCCGGAAUAUAUUCCAGUCUGUGCUAGCAAAACAGUCCUGUAGCUUAGCGUCUGCGUCAUCUGACCACUUCUUUAUUGACCGAGUCACUGGUGCUUCCUGCUUUAGUUUUUGCUUGAAAGCAGGAAUCAGGAGGAUAUAAUUAUGGUCAGAUUUCCCAAAUGUAGGGCGAGGGAGAGCCCUCCAUACUACACUACAGAGCUGAGAGCGCUAAAUAUAGAGUGAAUUUAAAUUCCUGUCCAAAGCACCACAGAAUCUAUUUUUUUUCUAUCAGUACAGUACUGCAAUCAUCGAUACAUGCUUGACGUAAUGAUUCAUUUGGUCCUGGGGAGUUUGUUGGACUGUAAUUAACCCAGUAUUGACCUGUCCAUUCCUCUCCCUAGGGCGGCUGCUUCGACCCCAUCCCUCAACGGUUUCCCUCCCAGCCCCCUGCCGCCACCCCCAUCUCCAUGGACCCCAAGCUGCCCAGCUACCCCUCUCAGUUCAGCACCGGCCCCCCUGCCCAGUUCCCUCCAGAUAUGGCAGGGGGGCAGGGUUUGGGGGGCUUCGGGGCACCCAGGGGGACCUUCCCUGGGGGCAUGACGCUGAGGCCUGGCAUGGGCAGAGCGCCUGGCAUGGCCAAUCAGCUCCGACUGCCACCCAACCAGCUUAGGUUACAGCUGCAACAGAGGCUGCAGGGCCCACAGCAGGUAGGAUGUGCUGGACAGAGCGGGUACAUUAGGGGUUGCAGCACUAACACACCAGAUUAAACUAUACUGAACAAAAAUAUAAAUGCAACAAUUUCAACGAUUUUACUGAGUUACAGUUCAUGUAAGGAAAUCAGUCAAUUGAAAUUAAUUCAUUAGGCCCUAAUCUAUGGAUUUCACAUGACUGGGCAGGGGCGCAGCCAUGGGUGGGCCUGGGAGGGCAUAGGCCCACCCACUUGGGAGCCAGGCCCAGCCAAUCAGAAUGUGUUUUUCCCCACAAAAGGGCUUUAUUACAGACAGAAAUACUCCUCAGUUUCAUCGGCUGUCCGGGUGGCUGUUCUCAGAUGAUCCCGCAGGUGAAGAAGCCGGAUAUGGAUGUCCUGGGCUGGCGUGGUUACACGUGGUCUGCGGUUGUGAGGCCGGUUAUACGUACUGCCAAAUUCUCUAAAACAACGUUUGAGGCAGCUUAUGGUAGAGAUAUGAACAUUAAAUUAUCUGGCAACAGCUCUGGUGGACAUUCCUGCAGUCAGCAUGCCAAUUGCAUGCUCCCUCAAAACUUGAGACGUCUGUGGCAUUGUGUUGUGUGACAAAACUGCACGUUUUAGAGUGGCCAUUCAUUGUCCCCAGCACAAGGUGCACCUGUGUAAUGAUCAUGCUGUUUAAUCAGCUUCUUGAUAUGCAACCCCUGUCAGUUGGAUGGAUUAUCUUGGCAAAGGAGAAAUGCUCACUAACAGGGAUGUAAACACAUUUCUGCACAGAAUUAUAGAGAUAUAAGCUUUUUGUGCAUAUGGAACAUUUCUGGGAUCUUUUAUUUCAGCUCAUGAAACAUGGGAGCAACACUUUACAUGUUGCGUUUAUAUUUUUGUUAAGUAUAGAUUAAACCAGGACACCGCUGCUCAAGAGGAACAGAGUUACCUACCCAGGCUGGCCCACUCCCCUGGUCCGUCUUUCUAACGUGGGCGUAGUUGAUUCCCUCCUCUCUACACAGGGGGGGGGGGGGGGUGAGUUUUAACAGGCCUUGUUUACGUUAAUGAAGCCUGUAUCACGCAGUGUUGCCUUUUAAUCCUAGUCAGAGCCAGCGCUCGUUAAACACUGGCUUGGCAAUAGUAAAUCUCCCUCCUGGCCAACCGGGCAGCCCUGCAUUGUGUUAAUGUGCCAUUGUGUUGUGUGGCUAAGUAGAGCUAGCUAGCGUGGUGAAAUGGGUGGUCAUGUGAAGAAGAGAGCCUCCUAUGCUCCAUUAUGGUACAGCAGAACAAACACAUGGGAACUAAAUGUCUGCUACAAGCCCAUCUAUGGUAGGGGAGUACUGGACUGUAUGUACUGUAUAUUCACUAUGACUGAUUGUUUAUUAUCCUUUUUGCUGAGAGAGAGAGAGAGGCUCCCACACAAACGUGGCUCACAUCUCUCCCCUUUUUUUCCCCCCUCAAGGUCUCUCUCCUUCAUGCUCCACUCACACAUGCUGCUCUUACUCAUGGUUCCCACACAGCGGUCUCUGCAUAUUAUUAUUCUGACUUUAGUGCUUCUUCUGCUAGCUGCUCAUGUUGAUUUAAAAGACCUCAUGGCAAAGUAAAGGAUAUUAAGAAUAUGGAAUUCAGCAGAACUCCUUUGUUCUCAUUCCUGGUCCUCUUUAUCAGUGUUUAACACACUUCUCUUUAUCUAUCAGUUCUCUUCUCAUGUGCUUUUUUUCUCUCACACUUUUCACUCAUCAGUCUCUUUUUCUAUCUCAAGCUUUUAUUUUCUUUCUAUCUGCUCUCACUAUGACUCACUCCUCUCUCGUCUCUAUAAUUUCUUCGCUGAGUCCGCUCCGUUCCUCCUCUCCACCCUCUAUUGUUUCUCCCUCCUCUCCUCUAUCAGUCGUGUGACUCACUCCCCUCUCGCUCUCUCUCUCUGCCAGCUGCAGAACAGGCUGGCUGCCAUGAGCCAGUUCCCAGGGGGAGCUCACAUUGCCAUGGGGAUGCGUCAGGGAGUGCAGCAGCCUCAGAUGCCCUCUCAGGUGAGUGUUUCUGGGGAACUCACGAUCACCAUCAAUCCUGUCCUCACUCUUCCUUCUCUCUUGGUCUCGUAAUUGUUUUUCUCUGUCUCCAAUCCUUUUUCUCUUACUCUAUUUCUAUCUCUCUUUCGGAAUGGUGUGUAUUGAGUAAGUCCUAAGCAUCGUAGCUAGUUGUACUGAGUUACUGGUAAGAAAACCAAGUGCCCUGUACUCUUCUCCGUCCACCCCUCUCCCUCUCUCUGAGUUAAGUAUCUUCCAGUCUAUUUCAAAUGGUAUAGGUCAUUUGGGAAACUAUGCAUGCACGUUGUGAGGGCUGUUUUGCGGACAGAAAGUGUCUCCUAUAAGUCCCCUAUCCUCUCUGUCUCUCUCCAGCCUCCUCUGAACGCCCAGAUGCUCGCCCAGAGGCAGCGGGAGCUCUACAGUUUCCAGCACCGCCAGAGGCAGCUCCUGCAGCAGAAGGUCAUGUUGAUGAGGCAGGGCAUGGGGACCGGGGGGCCUAUUGGGGCCACCAGGGGACAAAAAGGACCCCAGCCACAGCAACAACAGUUUAGCUACCCUCCAGGCUACAGCCCCAUGUCAGGAAACCCACCCAGCACCCCCUGCCUAUUCAACCCCAUGGGAGGGCCCCUGGACCCCAAGCUGUCGGGCCUGGCCCCCUUGGGCAGCCAGGCAGCCAUGAUGGGGGGGAUACAGGGACAGUUUGGGGGGGGAGUGAACUCGGCGGUCCAGGCUGGGCUCUUCCAGCAGUUUGGAGGACCAGGUGAGUGACUAGGCUACCUAGGUUUCCACCAUAAUCACUGCUAGAUUAUGUCUGGUUGGUGGUUCUGUCUCUAUAACAUCAGAAAUUGUCAGUACAAUGUGCUGUUAAUAUUGAUAUCAAAAUAACAUAUAAUGUGCUGACAUUGUCAAUAUCAAAAUGUGAUGCAGACAGGAUCCAUAGAAAAUGGAAUACAGUGCUGCUGGCAAAUAUCAAUAUGAAAAUGGUUUAGACUCUAGAAUGUUCUAACACUAUCUCUCUGUCCUUUUCCUCAAAGGUAUGGUCCAGCAAGGAGACCCCUCGUUCCCUCCAGAGCUCAGCCCCACCAGCCCCCUGCUGUCCCCUCAGAACUCCACCUCCCAGAGUCCUCUGCUCCAGCUGGCCCAGCCUCCUCCUGGGUACCAGUCACCUGACAUGAAGAGUUGGCAGCAAGCUGGCAUGGGCAGCAACAGGUGAGGUGGCCAGAGCCAUGCCUGUGUAAACGUGUAAAUUGCAUAGCCCGUUGUUGACUUAGCAUCUACAUAGAAAUGACAUGGUCAGAUGGUUAUUAUAUAAUAAUUAACUGUUUGUUACUUAGAUAAUUAUUUCUAACAAGCACUUAUGUAACAUUAUACCAGAUGUGUUUAAUUAUUUGAAGUCUAUAUAUUUAUUCUAUAUAUUGUCUUGGUAGUUACAGUGGGGGAAAAAAGUAUUUAGUCAGCCACCAAUUGUGCAAGUUCUCCCACUUAAAAAGAUGAGAGAGGCCUGUAAUUUUCAUCAUAGGUACACGUCAACUAUGACAGACAAAUUGAGCAUUUUUUCCCCAGAAAAUCACAUUGUAGGAUUUUUAAUGAAUUUAUUUGCAAAUUAUGGUGGAAAAUAAGUAUUUGGUCACCUACAAACAAGCAAGAUUUCUGGCUCUCACAGACCUGUAACUUCUUCUUUAAGAGGCUCCUCUGUCCUCCACUCGUUACCUGUAUUAAUGGCACCUGUUUGAACUUGUUAUCAGUAUAAAAGACACCUGUCCACAACCUCAAACAGUCACACUCCAAACUCCACUAUGGCCAAGACCAAAGAGCUGUCAAAGGACACCAGAAACAAAAUUGUAGACCUGCACCAGGCUGGGAAGACUGAAUCUGCAAUAGGUAAGCAGCUUGGUUUGAAGAAAUCAGCUGUGGGAGCAAUUAUUAGGAAAUGGAAGACAUACAAGACCACUGAUAAUCUCCCUCGAUCUGGGGCUCCACGCAAGAUCUCACCCCGUGGGGUCAAAAUGAUCACAAGAACGGUGAGCAAAAAUCCCAGAACCACACGGGGGGACCUAGUGAAUGACCUGCAGAGAGCUGGGACCAAAGUAACAAAACCUACCAUCAGUAACACACUACGCCGCCAGGGACUCAAAUCCUGCAGUGCCAGACGUGUCCCCCUGCUUAAGCCAGUACAUGUCCAGGCCCGUCUGAAGUUUGCUAGAGUGCAUUUGGAUGAUCCAGAAGAGGAUUGGGAGAAUGUCAUAUGGUCAGAUGAAACCAAAAUAGAACUUUUUGGUAAAAACUCAACUCGUCGUGUUUGGAGGACAAAGAAUGCUGAGUUGCAUCCAAAGAACACCAUACCUACUGUAAAGCAUGGGGGUGGAAACAUCAUGCUUUGGGGCUGUUUUUCUGCAAAGGGACCAGGACGACUGAUCCGUGUAAAGGAAAGAAUGAAUGGGGCCAUGUAUCGUGAGAUUUUGAGUGAAAACCUCCUUCCAUCAGCAAGGGCAUUGAAGAUGAAACGUGGCUGGGUCUUUCAGCAUGACAAUGAUCCCAAACACACCCGGGCAACGAAGGAGUGGCUUCGUAAGAAGCAUUUCAAGGUCCUGGAGUGGCCUAGCCUGUCUCCAGAUCUCAACCCCAUAGAAAAUCUUUGGAGGGAGUUGAAAGUCCGUGUUGCCCAGCGACAGCCCGAAAACAUCACUGAGGAGAUCUGCAUGGAGGAAUGGGCCACAAUACCAGCAACAGUGUGUGAAAACCUUGUGAAGACUUACAGAAAACGUUUGACCUGUGUCAUUGCCAACAAAGGGUAUAUAACAAAGUAUUGAGAAACUUUUGUUAUUGACCAAAUACUUAUUUUCCACCAUAAUUUGCAAAUAAAUUCAUAAAAAAUCCUACAAUGUGAUUUUCUGGAUUUUUUCCCCGUCAUUUUGUCUGUCAUAGUUGACGUGUACCUAUGAUGAAAAUUACAGGCCUCUCUCAUCUUUUUAAGUGGGAGAACUUGCACAAUUGGUGGCUGACUAAAUACUUUUUUUCCCCACUGUAUAAUGACCAGAGAUAGCAGCUGAAAGAGGAGUGUACAUAAAACCACUGGUACCAUGACUUUGUGUUCUGUCUGUGUGUCAGCUUAUUCAGCCAGUCUGGUCAGACGACGCCCCAGGCCUUUGGGCAACAGGGGGUCUACAACAACAUGAGUAUCACCGUGUCAAUGGCAGGAGGCUCAGGGGGGGUGGGCUCGCUACCUCCCAUGGGACCACCCGUUGGCCUGGGCAACAGUAACCUUGGCAACGUCAGCUCCAUGUGUAACGAUCAGGUGAGGGUGCCACACCUAAAGUCAGCCGCCUCAACUUAGAGGAAGUCGAGUAGAAAAGCAGUAACAGACCAUCUAAGCUGCCCUUUGACCAAAACUGAUGUGGUGAACCAUUUCACUAAGGCCCUCCUCCUUUCGCUUUCAUUUCCUUCUAUUCUCCUCCCUCCUUCAUCCACUGAUGUCUUCCUCUUUCCCUCCUCUCCUCAUCAGGUACAGCAGGUUCAAGUGUUUGCCGACGUCCAGUGUACGGUGAACCUGGUGGGCAGCGACUCCUACCUGAACCAGUCGGGGUCCAUAGGCCCCCAGAAGAGCCCCCAGGGGCCUCAGAGCAGCCAGUCCCAGCAGAAGAGCCUCCUCCAGCAGCUCCUCACAGAGUGACUCCUCAGCUCAGCCGCCUGCCAGGGGAAAGGUUCUCCGCAGACCACCAACCUCUUUUCUUUUUCACCUUUGGUUUUAGACAGCUACCUGCCGGACUGGUUAGGAGGGCCCUAGGAGGGAGACUGAGGUCC